GACUGCCUCCACAAGGGGCCUUUGUUUCGAUGAAUUGGUGGUGUUCAAAUUGAAAUAAUGCUGUCCGAUGAUUUAGUUUGACUUCAUUCUCGACUUUUCCACCUUCUCUAAACAUUCGCUCGAAGUGGCCGUGUGUGCUGCGCCCCUCCCUCAGCGUCCGGCGCGCCGCAGGUGACUCAGGUGCGUCUCCUGGCGUCAUACAGGAAGUGGACACAGUGUCGGUGAGGUUUCGAGUUUGUCCGUCGAGCGGCUCGAAAAAUACGGAUAUCUAUUUCGUUCAGAGGCAACAUCUGGCGCAGCAGAGUGAUGUGCUCGUUUGAUAAGGACAAAGGGCCGAGGAGGCUGAUGAAGACGGGGUUGACUCUCAUCCUGAUCGGCCAUAUUAACUUUAUCCUUGGGGCUAUUGUCCAUGGCAGUGUCCUCCGGCACAUUUCCAAACCCAGCCAGCACAUCUCCACUGAAUACACAGUGGCCAACAUCAUCUCUGUCACCUCUGGCCUGCUGAGCAUUGCCACUGGGAUUAUUGCCAUUGUGGUGUCAAGGAACAUACAUGUGUUAAAACUGCAAAUAGGACUUCUUAUUGCAUCAUUCCUGAACGCCCUGCUCUCUGCAGCAUGCUGCACAGGUCUACUCAUGGCAAUUAGUGUCACUGUCGCCCACAGUGGCCAAGGAUUGAUGCAGGGAUGCAAUGACACAGAAGUGCCCAUCAACGCUCGGUCACCUGUCAGUGCCCAGUGCCCCUUUGAUACAACACGGAUUUAUGACACCACCCUGGCAUUGUGGUUUCCCUGUGCUGUGCUGUCAGCGGUUGAGGUCGCACUGUCUGUCUGGUGCUUCAUCGUUGGAUUGGCUCUCAGGGGGCUGGCACCCUGUGGGAAAAGUUACAUCAAAGAGCAGCUGGAGGAAGAGGCCCAGUGCUCUCCUCAUAGCCAACGUCUGAUUGGACAGCGCUUCAACCCGGAUGCCUAACUGAACAAAGACCAGGAAGGAUACUACUCUUAUGUGGACAGGCACAACUAAAUCCCAAAGCCAUCACUGCACCUGUAUUCAGACUAGUACAUUUUGUCGUGUACUCAGCUGGAUGUGUGUCACUGUGGCACUGGAGUCUUAUCAGUUUUUAAGAGACUGGCUCAUUGCCCACCUGUGAAUGCCCUCAUUCACAGGUGGGUUACAAACAUUGCUCCAUUUGCAUUCAUGUAUAAACCAAACUGCUCUUCAUUCUACAUAUAAAGCGGAGAGAAGGCGUCUAAUUCAAUUCAGUCUAUCUGUGCCUGAUCAAUUGUAAAUUAAUUUAAGCGACGCAUCAGAAAAAUCACAUUGUUUGUUUUGUUGAUGCAUUCCAAAGUGCAGAGUCGAUGUGAAAGCUACAGUGAAAUAAUACUAAUCCUCUGUCUUAUCAGUAUCCCUCCUUGGCUGUUUGGGAUCUGUAGCACCAGAUAUGUCAUGCUGAGUCUUUUAAUAUGAAGAAAGCUUUGUUCAUGAAGAAAGUCCAAUUUCAUAUCUUGAAAAAGUAUGAAUAUUUAAGCUAAAUUAAUGAAUAUUUCAUCUUGUAUAAACCCGUUUAACAUUUCAGCAAAAUCUAUUUUAAUCUAUUGUUAUUGAUUAGGUGUGUAAGUUUGCCCAAAUGAUACAUUUUUUUCAUAUGAGAUGUAACCAAACUCAUCAAUGUUUGCCUGCAUACAAGUUUAAUACCCACAAAAAAUAUAUUUCAUCUUCGCCACUCAAGCACGUUGGUAAACUAAUGUGAAGUUGCCUCAUGUUAGUGGGUUGGGUUGAUUAAAACACCACAUCAUUUUGAAUAAUAUGUAGGUAAAGUGUUUGGCUUCACUCUAAAUUAGACAUGCUAUAUUGCAUUGCUUGAAAAUGGUUCAUAUUAUUAAUAACUAUUAGGGCAACUGCAGCUAGUGACAUUAGUUCAGUAGUAAGUACUGCGACUUACUGUUUAUGGAAAAGAACUGGCUAAAUGAACACGCCACAGACAACUGUACUACAUUUUAUUGGGGGUUUUGUACAUUUUUAUUAUAAAUUUUUUAUCAGCCUGGUGCUAGAACUAUUGAUUUUCUUUUUUUUUUUAUUGUUUAACAUGUUUUUGUAUCCUUUUUUUAUGAGGACCCAGAGUGACCAUAGGUCUCGUCACUGAAUAUUCAGAACGCUAAAAUGCAGUGUGAUUGGGGUUAUGAAUGCUCUGAACCUCCCUGGAUUUAAAUUAAACUGGACUACAGCUUAGAUGGGUAUGGACUGAGUGCCUCUCUGUACUUCAUACAGUGGGUGAAUGUCAAGUGUGGUCUUAUUAAGAGGUUAACAGUAUGUGGGCCAGCAGCCUCAGCCAGCAAAGGACCCCCCACCCCCCACAACUCUGACAGAGAGGAUCAGAUCAGAUCAGCCAUGAAACGGUUAAUCUAGUGCCAUGCUCAAUCGUGUGGAAGGGAAUCAUAGCACGCAGUACUAAUCCUGAGGCUGUAAGGGGUAAAUAUUGACAUGAUGUCGAGUGAUACGAUCACAACAAUUCUCUGAGGCCGUUUCAGUCAGUAGGACAUUGAUGUCACAGAGAUAAAUGAAAUUUGUAAUUUGACAUCACCAGAUGAAUCUAGGAGUGAAGAUGUUUCUUAAGAUAUUUCAAACAUUUAUUGUUAUAUCAGGACAAAUGAAGAGAUCAUGUGAAGGCUUGUGACAUAUUUUAAUGAAAAGCUGUUAUUAUUUGAUACUAUGUUUUUUUCAUUAUUUGGGUCGUGGAAGUAAUAGAUAUCCCAUAUAAAAGGUUAAUGUAGAUUGCAGUUGAUUUAUAAUUUUACCACAAUUAAUUUUUACUUCAAAAACAGACCAUCUGAAUAUUAGCAAUUCACUAAUUUGGCAAAAGAUAUUCAUUAUUGCAUAGAUAAUCACUGAGCUUGUAUUCAUUUCUUAUGUUGCUUUCUUGAUAUUGAUUGAACGGAAAACAUGUAAUACAAACAUGUUAACAUAUAGCUUGACUCUAUCUGCUGUAAAACUCACUGAAUGUUAUGGAUUUGCAGCAAAAUAAAAAACAGUAAUUAUUUUA